UUCUCUUUCAUGUCUAUUCCUCACUUCUCCAUCUUCAGUAUCAUCCAAACCAAUUCAUCACUUUUAUCAUAUAAUAACUUAUAAGCUCCUCUGUUUUCACUCCCCUGUUUCUUCCCUCCCCUGUUCUGUUCCUUUGUGGAUAACAACAACACAUAUCAAUGUCUUACUCAAGUGUCUGUCAAGGGUUGCAAUCAAGUGUCGUGGAACCACGUGUCUUGAAGCUCAAGUUGACUCCACCAAACGAUGAACACCAAAACAAAAACUGGAGUUUCCUUCAAUCUCUCUCCAACAUUUCUCAUUGCAAGGAGCACCACACCGAUAAUGUCUACGUCCACCCUUUGGUUAAACGCUCCUCCUCCACGCUCAGCGCAAAGAGCUUGGAACUAUGCACCGAAAGCUUAGGCUGCGAAACUGGUAGCAAUGCCAGCGAUAACACCCAUGACGUGUCUGUAUUUUCACUCCAAACUAAUUUAAGGAGCAACAACACUCCACUAGUUAACAAAAAUUCUGCCUCUAAAAGAUUUAACCGCGCCUCCACCUUCCCACCACCCUUGACUUCAAUGGGAGGGAUCAAAGUUAGGUCUCAUCGUGAAGAUGGAAGGCUUGUCUUGGAAGCUGUUGCUUCCUCUUCCCCUGAACCCUACUUUGAAGCUGAACGUGCCAAUGGAAGGCUUAGGCUUCGGCUUUUUGAGAGCGUGGAAACUUGUUAUGGUGAUGAUGAAGGAGAAACUGAAACAUUGAACAAUGAAGCGUGUGGUGAAGAAGAGGGCGAGCUGGAAGAGUACGUUGGUUAUGGUGAGGAUGAGAUGGGUGUGAAGAAGUUUGUGCGACCAAGCAGGUGCAAGGAAAGUGGGAACAGAGUCAUUUUUGGAGAAGGAUACUUUGACCACGCUCCUCUUUCUCUCUGUCUCUGAGGCUCAGCAUAACUUAUUUUACUACUGUUAUCUUCUUUUUUUUUUUUUUUUUUUGUUAGGAUUUCAGUUUUAUGAUUGAAGUUUGGUGCUUGAAAUUUAUGAAGGGUAGUUAUUAUAGUUAUUAGUUACAUUGGA